UAUGUAAUGUCAAAAUUGACGGUACCUGCUCAUGCUUGAACUGAAAAAAUAACAAUAUCCUUGGAGUAUUCCAAUCAAAUUAUAAUAAUAGAAAAUAGUUCUUUUGUUUGGAUUGUUUUAUUAAAGGGUAUGACUUCCUCCAAAAAAAAUUAUUUAUUUGAGCCCUUUAAAAUAACUGAGGUAAAAUAUAGAGGUUUUGCCAGUCCCCGGCCUAGAAGUGGACAUCGAAUAGCUUGCGAUGAUGUUAAAAUAUACUGUUUCGGAGGUUACAAUCCUCAUUUGCCUUUGAACAUAAUACAAAGGAACAACCCCACAUGGACCCCAGGAAUGCCUUUAUUCAAAGAGCUUUGGAGUUUUACACUGGCUACAAAAAAAUGGAAACAACAUAUUGUAACUGAGAACAUGCCAGAAGAAUUAGCAUCUAAUGCUAUGUGUAUGAGUGGGAAAUAUUUAAUGAUAUUUGGUGGCACAGGAGCACCUUUUGGUAAUAAAUGUAGUAACGAGGUUAUUACAUGGCGGACGUGUAAUGGUGAUGCCAGAUUGCAGAUAUUGGAUGUGACUGGUUUCCGGCCACCCCCUCAGUAUGGCCAAUCAAUUUUAUGUUAUGAUGGCAAUUUCUAUGCAAUAGGUGGCACCAAUGGUUUUGCAUAUAACUGUGAUAUUUACAAGUUAGAUUUACGAACAAUGGUCUGGGGGCCUGUUUUUAUUGGUACUGGUCAGGAAGGUGAACCCCAAGGCAGGUACCGACAUGAAGUCAUUAGAGUAGGCAAUAAACUGUACAUAAUUGGAGGUGGAACUGGUGACUUGGCAUUUGAAUUAAUGGAAAUACCUAUGUAUGAUCUGGAAACAAAUACAUGGACUAAAUUACUUCCGAAAGCUGAUGAUUCAAAGAAGGAUAUUAGUGCACCGUUAGCAAGGAAGUGUCAUAGUGCGGUGCAAAUAGAAACUGAAAAUGGUGUUCAAGUAUUUGUUGCUGGCGGCACAGACGGACAAAGUGUAUUUGACGACAUAUGGAGAUUAGAUAUAUCAAAAAUGCAAUGGACUCUGAUGCAAAAAACUGUUCUUCCACAUCCAUUGUACUUCCAUUCUUCAACAGUAACUUCAAAUGGCUGUAUGUAUAUAUUUGGUGGUAUAGAACCAAAUGAUAAUGAGACAAGAAGAAAUAAUAUAUUGUAUAAGGCUUGGUUGUGUAUUCCUAAAUUAAGUGAGAUCUGCUGGGAGGCCUUGUUGAGUCUCUAUCCAAAUCUUGAUCAUUUGGACCGAACCUCUCUCAUACAUUUAGGUAUUCCACUACAUUUUGUAGAUAGAUUACAUGUUUUGUAAAUUAUUCAGUAUAUCGGAGCAUAAUUAAUUCAUGCAAAACUUAUUGUCAAUCAGACAAUUGUCAGAUUCUUGUUUGAGUUUAUUUUAUUGUUGAAAUGAUGACUAUGUUCAUGUUUUUGUGAGUAUGUGUUCAGUGAAUAUUUUAUAUAUUAACCAUAAAGCAAGUACAUACAUCAAACAUAAUAAGUUCAUAUGCAUAAAAAUUUUGGUACUUUUGUUUAUCUUUCACAUUUAAAUUUAUGAAAUCAUAAUAAAUUAUAGCACUGUAUAAUAUAGGAAUUAAUCAUCUGUUUUUUUUAUUUUACUAUCAUGGUACAUGGAAGAAGAGAAAAUAUUUUUUCUUAAUAAUAAUGACUUUAUGUUGAUAUAUAUGUAUUAAUUCACGACAGCAACUGACAAUAUUG